CCUUGGUUCAGAUUAUGAUCGUUACUGUAUAAAUAGUGUGAAGGGAUUCAUAUUCAUUUCCUGCCCUUGAGAGCUACCUACCUUCAGUUUUUGCAAUUUUUAUGUAAAUUAAACAUUUAUCAUGGUGACCAUUUAUGUAUAAGCUUCACUGCUGGUGAAGUAUUAUUUUUACAGGGCAUUUAAAUUGCAAGGUUGAUAAUAUUCUAAAGUUGUUUUUAAGUGCAUGUAAACCGUAGGGAAAAGUCCGCAGUCAGGUCUUUAUAAUGGCAGCCGCAGCAGCAGCAGCGGGCGGCGUGCCCUCUCAGCAAUGUUUUCUGCUCUCCGUCACGGGACAGGUGGAGUCAGCCCGCCUGGCCGGCGCCGACCAGCUCUACUGCCGGUAUCAGCUGCACGGAGGGCCCGACUGGGAUAUUGUCACGGGUCUGGAGGAGGGUAUCUCGCAGGUGAGCCGUCCCAGCCAGGACGCCCGCCAGCUGCUGGUCUGGAACCUGCCCGUCGAGGUCUCCUACAAGGCUACCAACCCUUACGGAUGGCCUCAGCUGAUUGUCAGCUGCUAUGGACCGGACCUGUUCGGCAAUGACGUCAUCAGGGGGUACGGUGUGUCCCACCUGCCGACCGCCGCCGGCGCGCACCGGGUCACGCUGCCGCUAUUUGUUCCCGAGUCGACGUCUCAGCUGCAGAAGCUGGUGUCGUGGUUCACCGGCCGCCGACCGGAGCUGGCCGACGCCUCCUCACUGGCUACCGGAGACGGCAGAGACGUGAUGCGGGUCCGCUCUCAGGGCUACGUGACCUGCAGUUUUCAAGUGGUGACGAAGGAUCUGCAGCGGCUCGGCUACGAUAACGGACGGCGCGCCCCGGCCGGCGCCGCGGGCGGUGACCUGCAGCCGGCCGGCGGUGGCGACGGCCGGCCCGGCUGACCGCUCCGGGUCACCGAAUGGGGACGGGAUGGGGGCGAGGAGGGUUGGUUAGGCGUAGCAUAUCAUUUACUUCUGGUGUCUCGCACUACGCAGAACGAUCCGUCCAUUCAAAGCACGUACAAAUCAUUACAUUGUGCACCGUUCACUGCACCAUCUAGUCCGCUGAAGUGUGUCGACUGAAUGUGAAAUACUAGUCAUGCUUUUCAUCAAGAAUGUUUGCAAGCAUUUCACUGUAACAUAUCAUUCACCUGUUGUGUCUCGCGUUGCGCUGACCAGAUCCGUCCAUACGCUCGUACAAACCAGUGUGACAAAAGACGUUGAUCAGAUGGCUUCGUGCCUCUAGUCCUGCUCGCAUGGGAUUUGUGCUAAUGCUGUCAUCGCUGAUUCUGAGGAGUUUGAGUCGGAAAACAGUGCCAGUAACUUUAACGUGACAUUAUGUUACAGUUAUGCGCUUAUAUGCUGUGUUGAGUGGUCUCGCUUCGCUACAUGCGUAGCAUUUGUGUUUUUGUGUGAAUGGUUGGGAUGAAAAACUUUGUAAAAUGUCUGACUAAAAUAUUUGUACUGUCAGAAUAAUAAUUGGUAUGGAAUGCAUGGUCGAAAUACACAUUCACUUUUGUUCUAA